AAGUAAUUGAAAUUAACUCUAAACUCUUUUUAUCUCCGCUCUAAAAUAACUCUGAUUAUUGCUCACUUAAAGUAUUGGAGUGUCUAGUUAGAGUACUCACUUGGGGUUUUGCAGGCCAAUUCGGAGUGCAGAUAUGGAUUGAAGAAGAACUUCUAGUUUGGUGCAAUUACACAAGGUGUUCGACACUUCGACGGAAUGCAACUCUGGGAUCGAUCCUCAGUUGAGGAUUGUCUUCUUUGUCCUACAGGGUUUUUAGUCAAUAUGGCCACAAUGGUAAUGCUUGGGAGCAUUGCCUCUUUCUUGGCUGCCGGUGACAAACCUUUGAAUGAUGAAAAAGUUGCCAUUUUUUCUGAUGCACUUAACCAUGCAUCUAUAAUUGAUGGUAUUUGUCUUGCUGGAAGGCAAAGGAGUAUAGAACUCUUUGUAUAUAGACGUUGUGACAUGUCCCACCUCAAUGCACUUCUUUGCAAAAUGAAGAAGAAGGUCGUUGUCACUGAUAGCUUGUUUAGCAUGGAUGGAGACUUCGCACCAAUGAUUGAACUUGCAGAGCUUCGCAAGAAGCAUAAUUUUUUGUUUGUUAUUGACGAUGCACAUGGAACAUUUGUUUGUGGAAAGAAUGGUGGAGGUGUGGCUGAUGAAUUCCACUGUGAAAGAGAUGUUGACAUAUGCAUUGGAACUCUGAGCAAGGCAGCUGGUUGUCAUGGUGGAUUCAUAGCUUGCAGCAAAAGGUGGAAGCAACUCAUUCAAUCAAGGGGUCGUUCUUUCAUAUUUUCAACUUCAACCCCAGUUCCUGUUGCAGCUUCUGCACAUGUCUUUACCAUCCGGAAAGGAAGAAAAAAGGAUGAUGCCAAAACUGACAAAGAUCAGCCACCAGUGGAUCUCCUCCAUGAGUCUGGCAUGAAAGAGAGGGAUGAUGUUGGUGGCAAAGCGCUGCUAUUUGUUAUUCCAGAAACUCAUUCCAUUAUGAAUGAAAAUUCAAGCGAGAAAUUCUAUGAAGUUGGUGUCAAGGAGAUAGAUCCUUCCGAAUCUGUCCCUAACUGGAAUUCCAUUGCGGUAAACAAAUUUUGAUUCUUUUCUUUAUCUUUGGUUGAUUCCUUUUAUCUUUGUGGACAUUGAUCUGACUCAAAUUCUCAACUCCAAAAAAAUUAAUUUAUAUUUUGGAAUCUUUCAUGUUUAUGUUUUUCUUUUGAUUUUGGUUGCACAAUCUCUGUUGUCUCUUUAUCCUCCACUGCAGGUAUCUUAUACAACUCAAACCAGAAUCUCUUAUUCUAGAAAAAGAGUACCAUUGAUCACUUGAGUUGUUAGCGAAUCUUUUAUGUUUAUGGUAUGCUUAUUCUUGUGCGGAAAUUAAUAAUGAAAUCCCUUAGUG